AGAGGUGAUAAAUGAUGGUGAAGGGCCAGUAAGAAGUGAUGGUGAGCUGGUGAAGGGUGAGGAAUAGUGAAAACCAAUGAAUAGUGAGUGACGGUGAAAUAGCGUGAGUGAGCGAUAUAUUGUCCAAGCAGUGAUGUAAUGGUGAGAUGAUAGUGAAGUGAUAAAGAACAACAAAUGAUAGUGAGGUGACAGUGAAAUGAAGAGAUAAUGAACCCAAUCACCUCUAAGGGUAGGAAGGUAACCCGAUGUUUGGGCGCCACAUGGAGACAGUCGAAGUUGAGAAAGUGUUGUUCCACCACAUGCAACGCGUGGUGGAGGCGGAGUGAUGGUUGUGGAGGUGAGGUCAUCAAGGUCACCAUUGAGGACCUGCAGCACCUGGGUCAGCACCACCUUCACUUGACCUUUGAGCCAUACCUGACCCACAGCACACACUCCCAGUACCACAACCCCAUCCACACCAAGGUCAGCUGCCUCCUCUACUGGUACCCGCUCCUCCCCAACGGCUUGGAGGUGACCAUUGCCAGCUACAGCCUGAUGGACACGGCCGUCUCCACUGCACCCAUCUUCAAGCAUGGCCUGGACAACUUCACCCAUACCAUAGCCAACAGCCACAUGGGAGCUGAUUGAUGCAGGAGGGUGAAGAGCUGUCUGCUAUGUGAUGCAAGAAAUAUUAGGCCAUCACCUCACCCCUGCAAUGACAGCUGAUUCCUGCCACAGCUCACCAUCCCCUUCAAGUCUGGGGAGCCGAGAGGGACCUGGUGAUGAGUGCCUAGAAGUGGAUAGCAAGCUGGCUGGAGUAGAUGACUUAAUAGAUGCUGGAGGAGACAUAAAGUGGAGGAUGAACUCUGCUGCCUGGCAAAUCAGCCAUGACUAAUUAGAGCUUGUAUCAUCACAACAGUUGAAGACAGAGUAGAGGAUGAAUGCUGCUGCCAGUCAACUUUGCCAUGACUGAUCAAAGCUUGCAUCAUCACAGCUGAAGAGGAACCCAGCUCUGUCAUCCCUCUCUCUCUACAAGAACAAAUGGAAUCUGAUAGAAUAAAGAAGCCAUUGUCUUCAGUGUCACAACAUCCAAUGUCCUUCUCCAUAGAAAGAUGACUUUGAAGAAUGAAAGGCCUCUUUCUUUUGGGCAGGCCCUGGAGAGUGCAUCAGGAGGUUUGGCUGUACUGCAGGUGUAGUCAAACUUCUUCCCGCAAAACAAAGACAUUGUAAAUGGGAGUACAAAGAGAUUGAUAUCACUUCACUAUCAGUUUUAGUGAUAUAAGUUAUAUUGAUGCAUGGAGGAGAUAAGAUCAAUAAGUGUCAAUGGAUGAGGAGGAGAGAUAAAGAGAACAUAAAGACAGAAAAAAAAAAAAAAAAAAAGAGAGAGGAAAAGGAAACAAUGCCAAAGUGUGUGUGUGCAGUUUGCUGUUGUGGUCCAUUGAGGAAGUCUAGAUCACAAGUGGCACUAAAUGAAUGGAUUUGUAAUCUGUAUAAGCCUCAAGAGAAAUAAAAAGGAUUGAUUUCU